GAGCCGUAUAGAUAUCUACUUGAUUCGCAUUGGUCUUGGAUACAGCCGCUGUUCAAUUUUGUAUACCGGCCAGCUUUUACGCGCGACAUGGUGACUGGAGGCCAGUACUACUCGUCAGCACUGUUCAACGCAAUGCUCUCACACUCCGUACGUUGGUGCAAGACCGAGCCUGGAAUGGAAGAGCUGCUUGCUCCUUUCGACGAAGGAGCCGCUUUUUUCCAAACUGCCGUCACGAAUCUCUUUGAUGACCUCAGAAAUGGACAGAGUAAGGUGCCUACAGUACAAAGUCUGCUGUUGCUCAGUGCUCAAGAAUGUGGCCGUGGAAAUAGGACACAGGCUUGGCUGUACAGUGGCAUGGCUUUCCGUCUGAUCGACGACAUGGGCAUGUGUAUUGAUGGCAGACACUACACUGACUCCACUCAGUUUUCUGUAGAGGAUGUCGAGAUCAGAAAUCGAUUGUUCUGGAGUUGCUAUUUCUGGGAUAAGCUGAUUGCGCUAUACUUCGGACGAGCACCCAUGCUGCAGAACUCACACGUCAGUCCUCCGCGAGUCAUCAUGGAUGACACAGCAGAAAUCGAGACAUGGGUGCCGCAUGGCCUAGCCUCUUCCAACUAUCCUCCCAGACAAGCACAUUCGAUCUCGUGCUUUAUACACAUGUGUGAACUCGCUGAGAUACUAAACCAGGUGCUCAUCCACUUUUACAGUCCGACGUGUGACUUAUCCUCGGCCAGUGCUCUAGCAUGUGCUCUCGAGCAAAGCUCAAAGAUGAGAGCUUGGUGGAGAGAUUUACCCGAGCAUUUGAAGAUCAACGUCGGAGCUCUACCACAACUAGCACCGCCUUCACAUAUCGUCACACUAAACUGCCUCUACCAUACAAUCAACAUCCUCCUCCACCGAACUUUACUCAGACUCAGCAGUUCGAAUCAUGCGUCCGCGAAUACGACAAUCGAUCAGAAUCCAUUGAUCCAAUGCAUAUCCUCCGCAACCUCAAUCAUAGCGCUCUUUGACCUCUUCGUCCGCACUUUUGGCGAUGGGCACGUGGUGUUGAGUCUAGCGUACAGUCUGUACACCGCCACCUCAAUCCUCCUGCUCGAAUUACAGGCAAGCCCGACCAAUCCACAACGAUACACCAUGGAAAGACUAUCCUACUGCUUCUCCGCGCUUGAAAGAGUCAAGAAGACCAAUCCAGUCAUCGCAACAGCAUCAAAGCUCAUCCGCAAAGAAUUAAUGGUCCUGGGUCUAGACAUCCACGCCUUGACCACCGCCUCUCAACCUACUGACCCUUCCUCAUCACGUCCCUUCCACCCUCCCCGUUUCGUGCCUUUAUCCUCAUCUUCACUUCCAUCUCAUUCUGCUAACCUCCCCCUCAAUCUCAAUCAGCAACAAUCAGUGUUGGCGCCAGUAGAAGAAGAAGAACAAAACAUGAUAUUUAUGGAUGCGAGCUAUUUGGACUGCGGUGGUGAUGUGGCCGGAGGUUCGGGCUUGGAUUACGAUCUUUUGGACAUGAGUCCGAGUACGUUCGAGGCGUUUACGCAGGUUGAGCCGCUGAGUACGACGAUGAAUCCCGGCUUUGACUUUUUCUGA